AUGUCUCCCAAACGCCAAUUCUUCUCCCUAAACCUCGAUUCCGCCGCCGAACAUCCCGCUACCGAUGACCAAUCCAGCCUCGUAACGCAGCGCCACACAGACUUCUCCACCAUCACCAAGCCCUUCGAAAGGACUGUGAACCGCGCCGUCGACGAUAUUGUGAAAGACACGGCAAUCGGCUGCGACGACGCCGGCGUAAGCUACAAGAAUGCCAUCAUCAAGGACCUGAAAGAAUCUGCACUGGUGUCGGACGUCACAGACGUUGGCGUCCCCGCCUCCACCGACAAGACUGCAUACCCGCACGUCGCCGUGUCCGCCGCCAAGCUCGUCGCGGAGGGGAAAGCUGACCGCGCAAUUCUGAUCUGCGGCACGGGUCUGGGUGUGGCUAUUAGUGCGAACAAAGUACCGGGCAUCAGGGCUGUGACGGCGCAUGACAGCUUCAGUGUCGAAAGGGCCGUGCUCAGCAAUGAUGCGCAGGUGCUGUGUAUGGGCGAGAGGGUGGUGGGGAUCGAGCUUGCGAGGCGGUUGGUGAAGGAGUGGUUGGGGUAUCGGUUUGACAAGGGGAGCGCGAGUGCGAAGAAGGUUGAGGCGAUUAUGGAGCAUGAGAAGAAUAACUUUGCUGGAUUGGCUAAAGACCUAGAGGGGGCGAAGGGGUGCUAG